AGCGAUGUGUUAUGCAAAAACAUGCUAAGGUUUGAAAGAGCUGCAUUCUUUCGCUUGUGCGGCAUAUUGAGGGAUCGCAAAUUGCUAGAAGACAGUCCACAUCUUAGUGUGGAGCAACAAUUGGCAAUGUUUUUGCAUACAAUUGGGCAUAACCUUCGGAAUAGGGUUAUUUCAGCCAAUUUUGCUAGAUCAUACGGCACAACCAACAUCUAUUUUAGAAUGGUUCUUCAUGCCAUAGGCGAGCUUCGUAAUGAUUAUAUAAGGCCACCAUCAUUGGAAACCCCCGAAAAAAUUGCAGGAAAUCAUCGAUUUGACCCAUAUUUUAAGGAUUGUAUUGGAGCUAUCGAUGGUACACAUGUGCGAGCAGGUGUUACCAAAGAUGUGGAACCUUCUUUUCGUGGUAGGAAGGCCUUUACCACUCAAAAUGUGAUGGCAGCAGUAGACUUUGACCUCCGGUUCACAUAUGUGUUGGCUGGUUGGGAAGGGUCCGCACACGACGCGACCGUUUUAGCUGAUGCAUUAACUCGUGAGAGAGGCUUACAAGUACCACCUGGAAAGUACUACCUAGUUGAUGCUGGUUAUGGAGCCAAGCCUGGGUUCUUACCACCUUUUCGUGGUGUGAGGUACCAUUUGAAUGAGUGGGGCAACAAUCCGGUCCAAAAUGAUAAGGAGCUAUUCAACCUUAGGCACUCAUCUCUACGGGUGACGGUAGAGAGGGCUUUUGGAUCUCUCAAGAGGCGUUUCAAAAUUUUAGAUGAUGCCAAACCAUUCUUCACUUUCCCAGUCCAAGUAGACAUUGUUAUAGCGUGUUGUGUUCUUCAUAAUUAUGCACUAUCACAAGGGAUCGAUGAAUUCAUUAUACCAGAAGUGACAUGGACCACCCAACCAAUUCAAACAUCAAGGCAACAAUUAAGUGAUAAUAGGGCCUUGGUAGACCAUAGGCUACAAAUUGCUGCCCAAAUGUGGGAAGAUAGGCAACUCAUGUAUGCAAAUUUAUGAGUGCGCCGCACUAUGUAUUUGUAAUGUUUAUGCAACUACCUUUGCAUUUAUUUGAUGGCAGGACAUAUUGUGGUAUUUAUUAUGUAAAACCAUAUAUUUGUGAGGAUUUCAUCCCUUUUAUUGCAACAUUUUGAUGGAUGUGCAGAUUGUAUCUUCUAUAUGUUUAAAUCAUGUGUUUGUGCUGAUUUCAUCCUUUUUAUUGCAACAUUUUGAUGGCUGGGCAGAUUGUGACUUUUAUAUGUUUAAAUCAUGUGUUUGUGCUGAUUUCAUCCUAGUUUUUGCAACAUUUUCAUGGCUGGGAAGAUUGUAACUUAUAAAUUUAGAUGCUUUAAUCCAUUUUUUUGCAAAUUUUUGAUGGCUGGACAGAAAUGGACAAUGUUGAAGUUACCGCUGCAAGUGGAAACUCCGGAAAAAGUGGGGUCAUUGUAUGGACAUCUUCCAUGACCAACACUAUGCUAGGUUUUUUGGCUGACCUUGU